AUGUCUGACCUCGGAGUUCCCACCAUUCCCACCAACUACACCUUCUCCCCUUCCGAUGGAACCCCUUACCUUACCAUCAACCAUGAUGUCGCUGCCGACCUCGACUCCACCAAUGCCUUUGAAGGCCCCGAGAAGCUCCUUGAGGUCUGGUUUGCGCCCAGCGCCAAGGCUCUCCCUGCCGGCGUCAAGGAGGGCGGCCUGAAGGCCGUUAACCCUGACUCCUGGACCCCCAUGCUUGAUUUGGUCCACUGCAAGGUCCUGUCCAUCAUCAACUCCGAGAAUGUGGACGCCUAUCUUCUCUCCGAAUCCAGCAUGUUUGUGUUCCCCCACAAGAUCAUCCUCAAGACAUGCGGUACCACUACCCUACUGCUCGGUCUGGACUUGAUGCUGCGCAUCGCCGCCGCCGAGGCUGGAUUCCCCUUCCACAACGUGGCUUCGUUGGAUGACCCCAAGGUUGCCGCUACUCCCCUGCGCGUGUUCUACAGCCGCAAGAACUUUUUGUUCCCCCACAAGCAGCGUGGGCCCCACAAGAGCUGGAGGGAUGAGGUUACCUUCCUGGAUAGCAUGUUUGAGAACGGCAGUGCCUACAUGGUUGGCAAGAUGAACGGUGACCAUUGGUACCUCUACAUCACAUCUCCCACCAGCUCCCUCACUCCUCCACGCACCCCUACUUCGAGCCGCGGUGUCAGUCCUAGCCGUAGGUCUAAGAUCCCUACCGGUAUCGUGGCACCCUUUGGAGGUGUUAUCGAAAACAACGCGGAUGAGACUUUGGAGAUCCUGAUGACCGACCUGGAUCCUGAGAAUGCCAAGAAGUUCUACCUUGAUGAAGCGACCGCGAUUGCCAAGGAGAAGCUCUUUGCCAAAUCCGAGGCUAACGGAGAUGCCUCUUUUGACGUUUUCAGCAGCUCCGGAGACUGCGAUGCUGAUGGCCAGGCCGUUCUUCCCGAGGCCCUUACCACUGAGGGUCACGCCCUGGGCACUGUCGUGUCGGAGGCAUGCGGUCUUUCCGCCGUGUAUCCCACGUCCACCUAUCCUGAUGCUCGCAUCGACGCGUACCAGUUCUCCCCUUGCGGAUUUUCUGCCAAUGGUGUUGUGCCCGCUGUCGCCGGCGCCGACGGAACUGUCCCCAAGGCUGGUCAUUAUUUCACCGUUCACGUUACCCCUGAGCCUCAGUGCUCUUUCGCCUCCUUCGAAACCAACGUUCCCGGAGGCCAGAACGGACGACAGACAGCUGAAGUCAUUGAGCAGGUUGUUAACAUCUUCCGCCCUGGACGUUUCAGCGUGACUUUGUUCGAGGCCAAGGGCGCAUUGGCCACCACACCCGGCGAGGAUGCUGAUGAUUCCCGUCGCAGCUGGGGCGCCGCUGCCAAGCAGCGUAUGGAGCGCAUCAACGGAUACCGUCGUGUUGACCGUAUUGUUCACGAUUUCGAGGAUUACGACCUCGUGUUCCGGUACUAUGAGCGCGAAGACUGGGUCGGAGGUGGAGGAGCCAGAAUGGGCGAGGAAUUUUAG